AUGCUCAUAGCUUUAUCAUCUAGAAUAUCAAUAUCUGUUGCUGAUUUUUACGGGUAUGCCAUGGAUCCACAAGCUUUUCGCAUAGGAUUCGGAAAACGCUUCGAAGGAUUUAAAAUUGAUCCACAUCAAUUUCGUAUGAGCUUUGGGAAGAGGGGUGUAAGUUUAAUAGAAUCGUCAACAAAACCCGUUGCUUCAAUGCACACUAAUGCCGCUGUCGUAUUUCAUCCCUCCUCUCGUAAUCUCUGUCGUCCUACCCCUUUUGUACUGUUACUAAAUUGCAACAUGAAUCAAGUUGAAUAUGUCUACGUUUUUAUUUAUGCUCACGUUGUUUUUCAGCAAUAG